GACAUGUCGCUUGUCAAGAGUCACGCCGCUUGGACACUCUAAGGCAGCAGACCGGAUCGCAAAGUCCAGUCCUCAAGUCCUGUCCUCCUCGAACCUUGUGGACGUCCUCAUAGGUGUCCCUCUCUGACAUCACACCAGGCUGCCGUCACUCUGACCCUGCCCCUCCUCCCCCCACCACGCACUCCUUAAACCCCGCCCACCAUUGCCACACAAACAUGGCGCUGUCCUCACGCUUAAAACUUUGGGAAAAGAAGAUUCAGGAGGAGAACCAUCCGGCCCCCAUCCCACCGCCAUCCCUACCAGCCCUCUCGGGCGGCUUCCUCAAACAACUGGUCCGAGAUUCAGAGAAAGAAACCAAACAAAAGGAAUCAGACGUCAAAGAUGAAAAACCACAGCCAAGCAAACUAAGUGACAACUUGGUGCAGCAGUUCCUGCUUCCCGAUCAGACUCCACCCAUCCUGGAGGCGGAGAUGUUGCUGCGAGCCGAAAAGCAAAGCCACUCUUCCAGCCCCGCCGUCUCGCCCCAUCCACCCUCACCCCAAAGAACCGCGGUCAUCCCCAAUGGGACGGAAACCCGACGGGAGGUCACACCGGAGCUGUAUACCCGAGGAAAGGGCGAGACUGAGGAGGUGAAGGCGAGUCUGCAGGAGGAGGAGAAAGUGGAGGAAAUGUUGGAGAAACGUCAGGAACCGGAAGGAAGACUAGCGGACGCCAACGUGAUGGAGUUUGACAGGGGGGAGGUGAAGGAUGUGUGGUACGAGGCGGACCCCGUUUGGUACGUGCAUAAGGACGGAUUCACGCUGGCCACUCAGUUGAAGCCCGAUGAAGGGACGCCCGACCUUCCCCAAGGCCGCGUCAGACUGCGCCUCCACACCGACGGAUCGCUGCUUGACGUGGCCGAAGACCAGAUUGACAAAUGCAACCCCGCCCACCUGGACCUGUGCGAGGACCUAAGUGAACUCCAGAGCAUCAACGAGAGCAGCGUCUUGCACACGCUAAUUACCCGAGCUAAGGCUAACAUGCCGCUGACGCACGCCGGACCCAACCUGAUCAACUUCUGGCCACCGCUGCAGACCCACAGCAAGGCUCCAAAAUCCCGGCGCGGCGAGUCAUGUUGGGACGCUCCACCCGCUCUGUCAGCCCUGGUCAAGCGAGUAUACGUGUCGGUGGUGGACUCCCGUCGUGACCACUGCAUCUGCGCGACGGGUCGCAGCGGCACCGGCAAGACAACCGCCUGCCGGGCCUUCGCUUUGGCGCUGCUCAAGCAAGCCGGAACCGCCGGACCCAACAUGAGCGUGGAUCGCGUGCAGGCAAUGUUUACGGUGUUGAAGUCUUUCGGCUGCGUGGCUUCGUCGCACAGUGACGCCUCGUCGCGCUUCGCCAUGCUUUUCUCGUUGGACUUGAACCACGCUGGGCGAGUCGCCGCCGGACACCUACAGACGAUGAUGUUGGACAAAUGGCGAAUUUGUCACGCAACGGCAGGAGAGAGCAACUUCCUGGUCUUCUCGCAGAUGCUAGCUGGACUUAGUACAGAGAUGAGGUCGGAGCUGCAACUUCAUCAUAUUCCGGAGCGCCAUUCCUUCGGCAUCGCCCCUCCUACUAAGGUGGAGGAAAAACAGCGAGCGUCCGUGGCCUUUGCCAAGCUCCAGGUUGCCAUGGAAACACUGGGCUUCAGCACCAGCGAGCAGAAGGCCAUCUGGCAUGUGCUAGCCGGGAUUUACCAUCUGGGGGCUGCGGGGGCCUGCAAAGUGGGGCGGAGACAGUUUUUGAAUUUUGACAGCGCUCAGGCGGCUAGCUGCGUGCUAGGCUUCGAUGCGGAGGAGUUUCACACUUUCAUCUUCAAGCAUCACCUCAGGCAACUGCUGCAGAGGGCCACCGGGAGCGCCAGAGAGCACAAUAGCGUCCCCCAGGUGGAAGAGGGUCCCAGGAUGACAGCGGCACAGUGCAUCGACGGGAUGGCAUCCGGUCUUUAUGAAGAACUAUUCACUGCCAUCGUGUCACUCAUCAACAGAUCCCUGAGCGGCCAGCAGUUGGCGCUGGCAUCCGUGAUGGUGGUGGACACACCAGGCCUGAGGAACCCUCGCCACGCGGCGCACCAACAAGCGGCCAACUUCAGCGACUUCUGUCACAACUACCUGCAAGAGCGACUUGCGCAACAUCGAUACGCGCACACCUUCACAAACACCAUGGACAGAUACGCACAGGAGAACGUUCACGUGGAGCUGAAUUGUCCUGAAGCGAACCCAGCUGAUGUCGUGUCCGCCAUUGACCAGCCAGCUCCUCAGGUGCGCGCAGUGGGCGACGCCCCUCGCGGUCUGCUCUGGGCGCUGGAUGAGGAGAUGCUGACGCCCACGUCCAGCGAGGACGCCGCCCUGGAGCGCGUAUGCCGUCAUUACAACAACAGCGUGCGUCAAUGCGAGCAACCCCUGCACUGCGAAGUUCAGCAUCUGACGGGAAACGAUCCCGUCCGCUAUGACCUGAGCGGAUGGUUUGACGUGCUGCACCACAACCCGGCAGGGGGCAACGCCGCCGAGCUGCUGCGCAACUCCGCCAUCGUACCGGUGAAGUCGCUGUUCACACCGAGCGCGCGUGUGGCUCCUGCACGCGGCGGCGUGUGCGGCCUGGAAGGCUGGAGCCAGCGCUCCCUGCAGAGAAGCAGCACCAUUCGUAAGACGCUGAGCGCCGGGUCGGCGGCCCUGCGCAGACACUCGCCAUGCAUCGCCAUCAAGCUGCAAGCCGACGCGCUGGUCAACGUGAUGCGCCGCGCCAGGCCUAUCUUCCUGCAGUGUUUCAGCGGCAAGACGGACGCCAGCGGCGCCUUCGACGUGGUCCAGCUCAGAGCUCAACUGGAGGCCGCGCAGACGCUGGCCAUGCUGCGGGUGUACCGUACAGGUUACCCGGAUCACAUGACCCUGAGCGACUUCCGCUGUCACUUCCAGGCAUUGUCUCCGCCCAUCAUGAAGCGUUACGCCUCAAUGUUUGUCAGCCACGACGAGAGGAAGGCCGUAGACGAGCUACUGGCCGACUUGGACCUGGACCCCAAGAGCAUCGCAGUUGGCGCCAGUCGGGUGUUCAUGAAGCGUGGCGUGCUGCGCCACCUGGAGGCCCGGCGGGACCUUCAGGUCGCGGGAUGGCUGGUCCACCUUCAGGCGGCCUGCGUCGGUCACCUGGCCAGACACAAGUACCGCACGCUCAAGGUGCAGCACAUGGCUGUGCGGUGCCUGCAGAGGAACCUGCGAGUGCUGCGCACAGUGUCGGAGUGGAGCUGGUGGAAGCUCUUCUGUCGGGUGCGCCCCCUGCUGGACGUCAAUAUGGACAACGAGAGGUUGCGCGCCAAAGAGGACGAAGUUUUGGGGCUCAGACGACGUUUGGAAAAGUCCGAGAAAGAACGAAACGAUUUGAGACAAAUGGCCGACGCCUGCGAAACCAAACUGACAGCGGUGACCGCGGAGCUGAGCGACGAGCGCUUCUGCGGCGACGCGUUGGGUCAGGCUCUGGAUGUUGAGAGAGCAGAGAGGCUGAGGCUCAGCAAGGAGAACAAGGAUCUGCAGGCUCGCCUGGACCAAUGCAAGGUUGCCAUGGAGACACUGGAGAAAAAUAUGGAAGAGGAACGUGAAAAGAUUCGCACGCUGGAGAGUCAGCAAAUGGCAGGAACAGAGAGCGAACUGGCCUUGCAGCUGGAGUGUUGCCAGACGGAGGUGGACUUCCUUCGCCGACGACUGCAGCAGACCGACGAAAAGGCGGAGGCCGAGCGGCAAGCGCGGCAGCAGGUGGAUGCCAAGGUGGCGUCAUUACAGGCUCAACUGGACGAGUCCAAGCGGACCGCGACUGACCUAAAACGUCACAACCGGCGCCUGGCCAAUGAACUGCACGACGCCAGGGUGAUGACGGACAACCUGCACAAUCGGACGCACCAACUGGAACGCAAACGACGACGCUUUGACGGCGAGCUGGCUGCGGCGUUAGGGGAAGCCGAGAGCGAGCGGGAGCUGAAAGACAAAACUCUGCAGGAGAACGCCGCGCUGGGUGUGCAGAUUUUCACACUGCGUCGAGACCUCGAGGAGAGUCGGGCGGAGGCGCGCCGCUUGCAGAAGCAGAAGGACGAGUUGUGCAGUCAGAUUCGCGACCUCAGCGUCAAUCUGACGCCCGACUCGGUGCCUGAGCUGAAGAGACAAGUGCGCCACCUGGAGGGCGUGGCCGGCCAGCGGGCUGAAGAGGUGACCAAACUGACGGCUACCGUUGAACAGCAGCAGCAGGUUCAAGUGCGUGUGGAGUUGGAGAUGGCUCGAGUGAAGCAGAUGCACCAAAAGGAGCUGGAGGACAAGGAGGAAGAGCUCGAGGAUGUGCACAGGUCGUCUCAGAGACGGCUAAGACAACUGGAGAUGCAACUGGAGCAGGAAUACGAGGAGAAGCAAAUGGUCAUGCACGAGAAGCAUGACCUGGAAGGACUGGUCGCCACACUGUGCGAACAGGCGGGCCACCGCGACUUCGACGUGGAGAAGAAGCUGAGGCGAGACCUGAAAAGGACUCACGCCCUGCUAGCCGAUGCCCAGACCCUGCUGGACGCCGUCCACGGCGGAGGACAAAGCGGGAAAAUCCCCGACAGUGGGACCAAGGAGCAACUGGAAAGACUUCACUGUCAGUUGGAGGAGAGCGAAUCCCGGCGGCGUGAGGUGGAGGACAUCCAGACCACCUUGACGCAGGAGCUGGAGGAUGUUCAGAUUCAACUGGAGAACGUCUGCAAGCAGAAGACUUUGGCGGACGAGGAACUUUGCGUCCUCCGGCGAGAGAAUGUCGACCUACUCAAACGUCUGGAAGAGGACCAGGACGACCUCAACCAACUGAUGACGAAACAUAAAGCUCUCAUCGCGCAGUCGUCCAGCGACAUCUGUCAGAUCCGAGAGUUGCAGACGGAGUUGGAGGAUGUGAAAAAGCAGCGACACGGCCUCCAGGAGGAGCUGCAGCGACAGGCGUCCAGGCUGCGCUUCAUGGAAUCGUCCACGGUGGAGCGCAGCAUCGUCAGCAAGCAGGAAGCGCACGUGUGCGACCUGGAGAACAAACUGGAGUUCAGCAAAGGUCAAGUUAAAAGAUUUGAGGUGCUGGUGCUGCGGCUGCGCGACAGCGUGGUGCGCCUGGGAGAGGAGCUGGAGCAGAGCACCCAGUCGGAGGCUCGCGAGCGUGACAACGCUCGUUACUUCCAACAGCGUCUUCAAGACAUGCGCGUGGAAAUGGAGGAGCUGAGCCAACGGCAGCAGGACAGCGCGAGACGCCGCAUGGAGCUGGAGAUGCAGGUGGAGGAGCUGACGGCCAUCCGCCAGACGUUGCAGGCAGACCUGGAGACGUCCAUCCGUCGCAUCGUCGACCUGCAGGCCGCCCUGGAGGAUGUCCGGUCCAGCGAUGACAGCGACACCGACAGCGGUCACGAGAUGGCGGCGGCCAGCAAACCUCUUAGGGAAUCCAGCAAUGGCUCCGUCGGGACCGAGGAAACGGGCGAAGGUGUCCGAGGGCGCCGAAGAACGGCCAUAGGAGACUCGCGGGCCGGUGGAUCGCCCUGUGGCGGCCCCCGGGGGGGGCGCACGUCGGCGGCCGACUCCAGCAGCACAUACAGUUUCCGUUUGGGUGCUCGUUUGUGCAGCUCCUGCGACCCAGAUGAGGACGACUCAGCCGCGGGGCUUCCGGGAGGAGGUCUGGCCCGGGCAGCAUCCUCGUCUGCGCUGUCCGAGCUUCUCGAAGGACUUCGCAAGCGGCGAGCGGGCACUUGUGGCGAUGCGGGCAGCGCUGUUUCGCUUCCCGUUUAUCAAACCACAGCGGCAUGCGCCCUGCGCCGCCGGGCCUCGGCGCUGUCCCUCGCAUCAGGUGAAGUUCCCGAAGCUCGCCCGGGCAUCCUGAAGCCGACGUCGCCCCUCCUACCGCGCUCCGCCAGCGCUCGUUCCGUUUGUGACACGCCAACGGCUGCCUCCUCUGCUACGCCGUUGCGCUCGAAUUCCUGCGACUCGCCGGCGCCACUACCAUCGCUGCCCCUUCUUUCAUCUCUCGCAUCCUCGCACGUCGCCCGCCAGCCUCCCCCCAGCCGACAUGCCUCUGCUGAGCGCUCCCCAACCCGAUGCCUCCCCACCCUGGCCAUCCCGGAGGAGGACUGGCAGGGACCUCGGCAGUUCGUGUCGACCCUUCAGCGAUCCCCGCAGGCACUCCGCCGUUGCACGCAAGGAGGUUUGCUUUCGGAGGACGUCUCUGAGAACACCCUGGCGCCCGAAGGCGGGGCGUUCCGGGAAUGGCGCCACCCGGGCGAGUCGGACGCCGGGUCUGUCACGUCUGACAUGUUCGACGUCCCCCCCGCCAUCCGUAGAGCUCAGUCGGCUGGCAGCCUGGCCGGUUCGGUGCGCGGCGGCCGCCGGGCGCUCAGCGUCCACUUCGGAGAACUGCCACCAUCCACCCGGCGCCGCAAGAGCUCAGACUCGGAGUCGUCCGGGACGGGAAGCUCGGCGGGAAGUGGCGAGCCAACGCGGCCCCGACGACGCACGGACCGGCCAAGUGGGGAACGACUUGAGGCGGAGGGCAGCGAGGGCGGAGACGGCGGCGACAAUUGUGCCGACGACACCGGCAGCGGUGACGUGGCCUCCGUUAUGAGAAAGUAUCUCAACAAGGAAAUCAACUGAGCACCUGUUUGCAUGUUAGUUAGCGUUAGCACACGCUAGCUAGGUGCUAUUCACAGGUAUUAUUUACAGAUAUGUCCAAGCCACUAGCCGCAAAGUUGGUCCAAGUGCAACAUGCAUUUUCAUUUACUUUGCAAUAAACGUAAUGGCACUUUUCA